AUGCCCAGCGACAAGACGAUCGGUGGUGGAGAUGACGCAUUUAAUACCUUCUUCUCAGAAACGGGUGCUGGAAAGCACGUCCCUCGCUGCGUCAUGGUGGAUCUUGAGCCAACUGUUGUGGAUGAAGUUCGCACCGGUACCUACCGGCAGCUUUUCCAUCCGGAGCAGCUGAUUUCUGGCAAAGAAGAUGCUGCAAACAACUUCGCUCGUGGACAUUACACCAUCGGCAAAGAGAUCGUGGACCUGGUCCUUGACAGGAUCCGCAAGUUGGCCGACAACUGCACCGGGCUGCAGGGCUUCUGCGUCUACAAUGCCUGCGGUGGAGGAACCGGCUCUGGCUUGGGCUGCCUCAUGCUCGAGCGCUUGUCCGUGGACUACGGAAAGAAGAGCAAGAUUUCCUUCACCGUCUGGUGCUGCCCCCAGGUGGCGACGGCAGUCGUCGAGCCGUACAACACCGUCUUGUGCGUUCAUUCCCUCUUGGAGCAUACAGACGUGACGAUCAUGUACGACAACGAGGCCCUCUACGAUAUUUGCCGCAGGAACCUGGACAUUGAGCGCCCCACGUACACCAACCUGAACCGCUUGAUCGCCCAGAUCAUCAGUUCCCUGACGGCGAGCCUUCGCUUCGAUGGAGCCUUGAACGUGGAUAUCACGGAGUUCCAGACGAACCUGGUGCCGUACCCGCGCAUCCACUUCAUGCUCACGUCCUAUGCUCCGGUCAUCUCUGCCGAGAAGGCCUACCACGAGCAGCUGUCCGUGGCUGAGAUCACGAUGUCCGUCUUCGAGCCGGCAUCCAUGAUGGUGAAGUGCGAUCCUCGGCACGGCAAGUACAUGGCCUGCUGCAUGAUGUACCGCGGCGAUGUUGUGCCAAAGGAUGUGAAUGCAGCCGUGGCUACGAUCAAGACCAAGCGCACCAUCCAGUUCGUGGACUGGUGCCCCACGGGCUUCAAGUGCGGCAUCAACUACCAGCCGCCCACUGUGGUCCCAGGUGGUGACUUGGCGAAGGUCAUGCGUGCCUGCUGCAUGAUCUCCAACUCCACAGCCAUCGCAGAAGUCUUCUCGCGCAUCGACCACAAGUUCGACCUGAUGUACUCGAAGCGAGCCUUCGUGCACCACUACGUCGGUGAAGGCAUGGAGGAGGGAGAGUUCUCGGAGGCACGCGAGGAUUUGGCUGCCUUGGAGAAGGAUUACGAAGAGGUUGGCAUCGAAACAGCAGAAGGUGAAGGCGAAGAGGAGGGCUACGGAGACGAAUUCUGUUUUGCAGGAACUUCCACGUUGGCGUUUCGGUUCGAAGGAUUGGUGAUCAAGGCCAUUUGCAUCCAUAUCGGCCAGGGUGGCGUGCAGAUCGGAAACGCCUGCUGGGAGCUCUUCUGCCUCGAGCAUGGCAUCCAGCCGGAUGGUCAGAUGCCCAGCGACAAGACCAUCGGUGGUGGAGAUGACGCAUUUAAUACCUUCUUCUCAGAAACGGGCGCUGGAAAGCACGUCCCUCGCUGCGUCAUGGUGGAUCUUGAGCCAACUGUUGUGGAUGAAGUUCGCACCGGGACCUACCGGCAGCUUUUCCAUCCGGAGCAGCUGAUUUCUGGCAAAGAAGAUGCUGCAAACAACUUCGCUCGUGGACAUUACACCAUCGGCAAAGAGAUCGUGGACCUGGUCCUUGACAGGAUCCGCAAGUUGGCCGACAACUGCACCGGGCUGCAGGGCUUCUGCGUCUACAAUGCCUGCGGUGGAGGAACCGGCUCUGGCUUGGGCUGCCUCAUGCUCGAGCGCUUGUCCGUGGACUACGGAAAGAAGAGCAAGAUUUCCUUCACCGUCUGGUGCUGCCCCCAGGUAGCGACGGCCGUCGUCGAGCCGUACAACACCGUCUUGUGCGUUCAUUCCCUCUUGGAGCAUACAGACGUGACGAUCAUGUACGACAACGAGGCCCUCUACGAUAUUUGCCGCAGGAACCUGGACAUUGAGCGCCCCACGUACACCAACCUGAACCGCUUGAUCGCCCAGAUCAUCAGUUCCCUGACGGCGAGCCUUCGCUUCGAUGGAGCCUUGAACGUGGAUAUCACGGAGUUCCAGACGAACCUGGUGCCGUACCCGCGCAUCCACUUCAUGCUCACGUCCUAUGCUCCGGUCAUCUCUGCCGAGAAGGCCUACCACGAGCAGCUGUCCGUGGCUGAGAUCACGAUGUCCGUCUUCGAGCCGGCAUCCAUGAUGGUGAAGUGCGAUCCUCGGCACGGCAAGUACAUGGCCUGCUGCAUGAUGUACCGCGGCGAUGUUGUGCCAAAGGAUGUGAAUGCAGCCGUGGCUACGAUCAAGACCAAGCGCACCAUCCAGUUCGUGGACUGGUGCCCCACGGGCUUCAAGUGCGGCAUCAACUACCAGCCGCCCACUGUGGUCCCAGGUGGUGACUUGGCGAAGGUCAUGCGUGCCUGCUGCAUGAUCUCCAACUCCACAGCCAUCGCAGAAGUCUUCUCGCGCAUCGACCACAAGUUCGACCUGAUGUACUCGAAGCGAGCCUUCGUGCACCACUACGUCGGUGAAGGCAUGGAGGAGGGAGAGUUCUCGGAGGCACGCGAGGAUUUGGCUGCCUUGGAGAAGGAGCGUCGGCCGCGCGAUCUUUUUGCACAAGCGGAGAAGCUGAAAAGCCCGAAUGAAGCGAAGGAUUACGAAGAGGUUGGCAUCGAAACAGCAGAAGGUGAAGGCGAAGAGGAGGGCUACGGAGACGAAUUCUGUUUUGCAGGAACUUCCGCGUUGGCGUUUCGGUUCGGAGGAUUGGUGAUCAAGGCCAUUUGCAUCCACAUCGGCCAGGGUGGCGUGCAGAUCGGAAACGCCUGCUGGGAGCUCUUCUGCCUCGAGCAUGGCAUCCAGCCGGAUGGUCAGAUGCCCAGCGACAAGACCAUCGGUGGUGGAGAUGACGCAUUUAAUACCUUCUUCUCAGAAACGGGCGCUGGAAAGCACGUCCCUCGCUGCGUCAUGGUGGAUCUUGAGCCAACUGUUGUGGAUGAAGUUCGCACUGGUACCUACCGGCAGCUUUUCCAUCCGGAGCAGCUGAUUUCUGGCAAAGAAGAUGCUGCAAACAACUUCGCUCGUGGACAUUACACGAUCGGCAAAGAGAUCGUGGACCUGGUCCUUGACAGGAUCCGCAAGUUGGCCGACAACUGCACCGGGCUGCAGGGCUUCUGCGUCUACAAUGCCUGCGGUGGAGGAACCGGCUCUGGCUUGGGCUGCCUCAUGCUCGAGCGCUUGUCCGUGGACUACGGAAAGAAGAGCAAGAUUUCCUUCACCGUCUGGUGCUGCCCCCAGGUAGCGACGGCAGUCGUCGAGCCGUACAACACCGUCUUGUGCGUUCAUUCCCUCUUGGAGCAUACAGACGUGACGAUCAUGUACGACAACGAGGCCCUCUACGAUAUUUGCCGCAGGAACCUGGACAUUGAGCGCCCCACGUACACCAACCUGAACCGCUUGAUCGCCCAGAUCAUCAGUUCCCUGACGGCGAGCCUUCGCUUCGAUGGAGCCUUGAACGUGGAUAUCACGGAGUUCCAGACGAACCUGGUGCCGUACCCGCGCAUCCACUUCAUGCUCACGUCCUAUGCUCCGGUCAUCUCUGCCGAGAAGGCCUACCACGAGCAGCUGUCCGUGGCUGAGAUCACGAUGUCCGUCUUCGAGCCGGCAUCCAUGAUGGUGAAGUGCGAUCCUCGGCACGGCAAGUACAUGGCCUGCUGCAUGAUGUACCGCGGCGAUGUUGUGCCAAAGGAUGUGAAUGCAGCCGUGGCUACGAUCAAGACCAAGCGCACCAUCCAGUUCGUGGACUGGUGCCCCACGGGCUUCAAGUGCGGCAUCAACUACCAGCCGCCCACCGUGGUCCCAGGUGGUGACUUGGCGAAGGUCAUGCGCGCCUGCUGCAUGAUCUCCAACUCCACAGCCAUCGCAGAAGUCUUCUCGCGCAUCGACCACAAGUUCGACCUGAUGUACUCGAAGCGAGCCUUCGUGCACCACUACGUCGGUGAAGGCAUGGAGGAGGGAGAGUUCUCGGAGGCACGCGAGGAUUUGGCUGCCUUGGAGAAGGAUUACGAAGAGGUUGGCAUUGAAACAGCAGAAGGCGAAGGCGAAGAGGAGGGCUACGGAGACGAAUUCUGA